AUGGCGACUGUAAGCGCAAAUACCUUCAAACCACUGGAGUCGACACCUAUUUUGAAAGCUUCCGACUUGCUGGAAGAGAUUCAAACAAAGGUUCUUGAACUAGCAGUUGAUGCUACUGUCACAUACAAGGUGGAGAAGGACAUUGCCACGUACUUGAAGAAAGAAUUGGAUUUAUUAUACGGAGCAUCGUGGCAUGUAAUUGUGGGCAAAUCUUUUGGUUCUUACGUGACCCACGAACAGGGAUAUUUUGCAUACUUCUACAUCGACGACCUUGCGUUCCUUAUUUUCAAGAAUUAA